CGUCACACAAGCAAGAUGGCAGCUCCCGGAAAGGAGAUAUUUUGGCUUCACUUUUGCACAGCGGAGAAGCUGGAUCUGACUGACGUCUACACGGAGCUGAAGACCGGGGUUGUUCUAAUCCGUCUGCUGGAGCUCAUCUCCAACCACACGCUGCCGCCGCCCAGCCGACGAAAGCUGAGGGUCCACUGCCUGGAGAACAACAGCAUCGCCAUCAGCUUCCUCAAAACCAAGAUUCGGGUGGAUCUGAUUGGUCCAGAGAAUGUGGUGGACGGGGACCGGACGCUGAUUCUGGGUCUGCUGUGGAUCAUCAUCCUCAGGUUCCAGAUCGGACCCAUCAACCUGGAAGAGGCUGGCGGAGGCAGCGUGGCUCAUCGCUCGGCGAAGGAAGCUCUGCUGAUCUGGUGUCAGAGGAAAACGGCGGGCUACGACGGCGUCAGCGUGCAGGACUUCUCCUCCAGCUGGAGGGACGGACUUGCCUUCAACGCCCUCAUCCACGCACACCGCCCCGACCUGUUUGACUACCGCCGUCUCCAUGGCGACGAGCCCGGGCGUAACCUGGAGCACGCCUUCCAGCUGGCGGAGCGGGAGUUCGGCAUCAUGCAGCUGCUGGAGGUGGAGGACAUGGUGGUCCCUCACCCGGACGAGAAGUCCAUCAUGACCUACGUGUCGCUGUACUACCACUACUUCUCCAAGAUGAAGCAGGGACAGACGGUCCAGAAGAGGAUCGCCAAGAUUGUCGGGAUGCUGAAGGAACUGGAUGACAUGAAAGUCCAGUAUGACAGAAUGGUCUCAGAUCUGCUUCACUGGAUCAAAACCAAGGUGGUGCAGCUGAAUGACAGAAGAUUCCCAAACUCUCUGAGGGAGAUGCAGACGCUGGUUACGGCUUUCAAGACCUACAGAACUGUGGAGAAACCUCCCAAAUACCAGGAGCGUGGGGCGAUCGAAGCUCACCUGUUCAGUCUGAAGACUCAGCUGGCAGCCAACAACCAAUGGGCUUACAAUCCUCCAGAAGGUAAAACUCUCAGCGACAUAGAGAAGAGUUGGGUUUUGCUGGAGAGAGCCGAACACGAGCGAGAACGAGCCCUGCAGGAGGCGCUGCUUCGCCUGGAGAACCUGGAGCAGCUCGCCCAGAAGUUUGGGAGAAAGGCCGCCCUGAGGGAGGGGUAUCUGGAGGACACGCUGCGUCUGAUCCGGAGGCAGGACGUCAGAGGUCUGUCCACGCUGGAGGAAGCUCAGGCCGCCGGCCGGCGUCUGGAGGCCCUGGCCACCGACGCUCUGGCCAGAGAGCCGCGCUUCUCCGCUCUCAGAGACAUGGCCAAGACCAUCGAAAGAGGAAACUACCACAGCAAACAGCAGGUCAUCAGGAGGGAGGAGAGUAUUAGCCAGCGAUGGAAAGACGUGCUGCACCAGCUGCAGGAGCAGAGGGGGCUGCUGGGAAAUGUAGUUGAAACUCUCAGCAUCCUCCGAGACAUUGAGCUUGUUUCCCAGGAACUGAAGGAACUACAGUCCCAGGCCGGUGCUUCUGAGCUGGGGAAACAGCUGGCCGAGGUGGAGUCUCUCCUCCAGAAACAGGAUCUCCUGGAAGCUCAGAUCUCAGCUCACGGUGAAACGAUCAACACCAUCAGCAGCACCGCGCUGAAGGGAAAAGUGAGGGACGGUCAGCAGAUUCAGAGCAGAGUGAGAGCUCUGGACGCUCAGUACAAAUCUCUGGUGUCCCUCAGCAGCAACAGGAGGAGACAGCUGGAGUCUCAGUUGAGGCUGUUUGAGUUCUUCCAUGACUGUGAGGAGUUGGAGGCCUGGCUGUAUGAACGCUGGCUGAGGCUGCAGACGGCCGGACUGGGACGAGACCUCAACCACAUCCAGCUGGCUCAACACAAACACAAGGCGCUGGAGGCGGAGCUCCAGGCCCAGGAGUCUCUGUACCGGGGAGUUCUGGGUCGAGGUCAGGAUCUGCUGUCGAAGCAGAGUCAGGUGGACCAGCGAGCCGUCAACAAGUGGAUCAGAACCCUGAAGAAGCAGUGGAACCACCUGACCGAGCAGGUGACGGGACGCCGCGACAGACUGCAGGCUGCCGCCGCCAUCAAACAGUACUUUGCAGAUGUGGCGGAGGCAAACUCCUGGCUGGGCGACAGGAAGCCGCUGCUGACCAGCGAGGAUCAUGGGAAGAAUGAGUCGAGCACGGCGGCGCUGCUGCAGCGCCACCUGCGGUUGGAGAAAGAGAUGGCGGCCUACGCCUCCGAGAUAAAGAGACUGUCGGAGCAGGCGAGGAGCGCGGCGCAGCUAACAGCUCUGACGGCGGAACCUCAGCAGAGUAAUAUGAUCCAGUACAGCGACUCAUCUGGCGAGGAGGAGGGACCAGGGGCGAUGACAUCACCACCCAGCGCCAGGGGUGGGAGGGGCCUUGUGAGCCCUCCCCCCAAGAGUGACGAGAAGAAGGCCAAGAUCCGCUUCAGAUACAGCCGAGGUCAGUUUCCAUGGGAUCGUCAUGAGAUUGUAACCAUCAUCAGCACUGACCCCGACGGCGACCAAGUUCAGGCCAGAGACAACCGAGGAAACCAGCAGCUCAUCCCCAAGACCUACCUGACCCUGCUGCCAGCCACCGCACCAUCAACUCCUCCCACCUCGCCUGCCUCGACCAAUGGUGUGCCAGAAAGCCCGAGCAGGAAGGUGAGUCGUCCGAGGCGAAGCCACUCGAUGCGUCGCAGCACGUCUGAGAUCCAGACAACAUCGCUGCAGGACCCGCAGUACCAGAGGGACACUGUGGAGAACACGCAGGCCAGCCUGGACCAGGACUACAACUCCCUGUACAACCUGGUGAAGUCGAAGUCGAGGAGUCUGGAGGAGACGCUGCGUCUGCAUCGAUUCUACAACAGCUGCCAGGAGUUCGAAUCGUGGAUGGAGGACAAGGAGAACGUCCUGAACACCUUCAGCACCGACGCCGACAACCUGGGAGUAGUGCAGGCUAAAUACGAGAACUUCCUAACUGAGUUGGCGAGUGGGCGUGGCCAGUUGGAUGACAUCAUCCGAAUGGCGGAGGAGUUGGUGAAGAGCCGUCACAGUAAACAGAGAGAGAUCCAGGCCAGACAGAAGAAGGUCUCCAACAGGUGGGAUCGGAUCCAGCAGUUGAAGGAUGAGAAGGGCCACGAGCUGCUGAGUACGGCAGACGUGCAGUCUUUCCUGCAGAGCUGCGAGGAGGCCAAAGCGCAGCUGCAGGGUCAGCUGUCCCAGUUAGACACGGUGGACGUCGGCUGCAGCUCCUUCACCCUGCUGGCCGAGGAGAAGAACCAGGCUCAGGCCCUCAGAGACAUCCACACCCUGGAGGGCAAGAUCGCCUACCUGAAGAGCGUCGCCAAGAUGAAGCAGGACUGCAGUCCAGCGGAGAGCGCAGCCAUCAUGGAGGAGGUUCGGGGUCUGGAGGCUCUGUUGAAGCAGGUGAAGCAUCAGGCUGCAGAGAGACAGCGCCUCCUGGAGGAGGCCCGCAGGCUGCAGAGCUUCCAGCAGCAGGCCAAGGAGCUGCAGCGCUGGGCGGGUUCGGUCCAGGACCGCCUCCUGCAGGAGGAGGCGGCCGCUGACGUGGCCUCCGCCGUCGCCCUGCUGGAGCAACACCAGGAGCUCCGGCUGGAGAUGGAGGAGCAGAGGAGCAGACUGAAGGAGAUGGAGACGUUGGGGAAAUCUCUUCAGCAGGGCUCCUCCAAUGGGAAGGCAGGCGUCAUCGACAUCCAACAAACCCUGGACAAUCUCAAUGCUGAUUGGUCCAAGCUGGACAGGAUGUGGGCCAGUAGGAAGCAGCAUUUGGAGCAGGAGGUGGAGCUCCAGAAACUGAACCAGGAGGGAGACCGGAUCGAGGCGGCGGUGUCCGGACACGAAGCCCGACUGAGGGUCAAAGACGUCGGGGACUCGGUGGACGGCGUCCACAGUCUGCUGGGUCGACAGGAAGAGCUGGAAGGUCUCCUGAAGGCUUUAGAACAACGAGUCGAUCAUUUCACUGAGCGCAGCGAGGAGCUCAUCAGCCAACAACAUUACGCUGCAAAACACAUCCAGGAGAGGAGCAGGAGCAUCCAGAAGGCCAACAAGAGGCUGAACGAGAGCAGCAGACAGAGGAGGAGUCUGCUGCUGGCCUCCAAGAAAUACCAGGAGUUCCAGAGAGACGCAGACGAGCUGCUGCUGUGGAUGGAGGAGAAGUUCAAGGUGGCGGAGGACGAGUCGUACCGCGACCCGACCAACAUCCUGCAAAAGCUGAAGAGACACGAAGCGGCCGAGAAAGAGAUGCAGGCCAACCAGGUCUGGCUGGACCGACUGGUUCAGUUGGGGCAGGAGAUGCUUGCUGAAGAGCACUACAGCAGUCAGAGCAUCAGCAGGAAGUCCUCUCAGCUCAGCAGCCGGUGGAGGAGACUACAGGACAAGAUGGCCGACAGAGGAGACAAACUGAGACAGGCGGGACAGCAGGAGCAGCUGAUGGAGCUGCUGCAGGACGCCAAGCUGAAGAUCGAGGCUAUUCAGUGGAUGCUGAACAACGCUGCCAAAGGUCAUGACCUCCGUUCCAGCCGACAGCUGCUGAAGGAACACCAGCAGCUGGAGCAGGAGGCCAAAGAGCUGGCGGAGAAGAUCAACUCCAUUGUGAGCAGGGCCAAACACCUCGCCUCCAACCACUUCGACUCGCACAGGAUCCUCCAGGAGACCGACACUUACCUCAAUCUGUUUAAGUCCCUGCAGAAGCCUCUGGACCUGCGUCGCGCUCAGCUGGAGGCCUCAGUGCUGCUGUUUGGGUUUUAUCAUGACGUGGAUCUGGAGCUCAGCUGGAUCUCCGAACACAUUCCUGCAUCUGGAUCUACAGGAUAUGACAAGUCUCUGGCUGGAGCCAUCAGCCUCAUGCAGAAACACAAGGAGCUGCAGGCUGAAGUGAACGCUCACUGUAAACACCUGAACCAUGUUCUAGAGAAGGGACGGAGCCUGGCCAAAUCCAGCCAAUCAGACGGGGAAGAAAUGCUCCAAAGGUGCAGCCACCUGAGUGCAGAGUGGGAGGAGCUCGAGGAGGCCUGCAACAGGAGAGCAGCUCACCUGAGCAAGGCCAUAACCAGAGAACAGCUGCUGUUGGACUGUUCAGAGCUGGAGUCCAGACUGACUGAGAUGCUCAGUCUGGUGAACACUGACGACUACGGCAAAGACCAGCUGGCAACACAGAGUCUCAUCACUAAACACCAGGUGUUGGAGGGGCAGCUGGAGGUGCUGGAGGCGGAGGUGGAGCAGUUGGGAGACCAGGUGGAGCAGGCGCUCCAGAACUGGAGCCUGGAGGAGCUCAGCAGGCCCUACAGCCGCCUGAGCAGCCUGAACCAGCAGCUGCAGCACCAGGCUGCUCUCAGGGGUCAAAGGUUAAGAGAAGUUCUCCACCUGCACGAGUUCAUACGGGAGUCGUCAGAGUUGGAGGACUGGAUGAACCAGCAGAGACAGACGGCAGAGUCUCAGGACCUGGGCAACGACUACCAACAUGUUCAGUUGCUUCGUGGGAAGUUUGAAGGUUUCCUGAAGCAGCUGGAGGUCGGAGAGGAGAGACUGCAGAGCUGCGGCGAUCUGGCUGCUCGACUGAUCCGCAAGAAACAUCCACAGAGCUCCGCUGUCAGAGACGUGCUGCAGGAGCUCAGUGCAUGCUGGGAGGACUUGAGGGGCGUGGCCAGAGAGCGUCAGGAUCAGCUGCAGAGAGCGGAGGAAUGUCACCGCUUCUACCGAGACCUGAGCGACGCGCUGACACUCAUCCAGGAGCGACAGAAGAGCAUCCCUGACGACGUGGCGAAGGAUUUGCGAGGCGUGAUGUCACAGCUGAGGAAACACGAGGCUCUGCUGCACGAGCUGGCCGCCACAGAGCAACAGUUGCAGGAGCAGCUUGAUGCUGUUGAAUCCAUCCUGGUCCUCUGCACGCCUCAGCUGAAGCUCCGCCUACAGGAAGUGCAGCAGGAAGUGGUGGAGCGGUGGGAGGAGCUACGACUUCACACAGAGCAGAGGGAGGCGGAGCUAAAACUAGCGUGUCAGAGAUACCUGUUCCUGAACACGGCGCAGGACUACUUCCUCUGGUGCAGCCAGCUGAUCGGUGCCAUGGCUGCCGAGGAGAGCAUCAGCGACGUGUCGACCGCCGACCUCCAGCUGGCUCAUCACCAGCAGCUGUGGGCCGAGAUGGAGGCCAGACAGGAGACCUACCAACAGGCUGUGGACAUGGGAGAGGAGCUGCAGGAGCAGGACAAAGCUCACAGGAAGGAGGUGUUGGAGAAGCUGGACGCGCUGCAGGCAGAGCGAGAGAAACUGGAGGAGCAGUGGAACACAAAACAACAGUGGUUAGAGAGCGUCCACCUGGAGCAGGUCUUCUACAGAGACGUCAACAGCAUGGACAAGACUUCCAGCUCACAGGAGAUCCUGUUGAAGAACAGCACUCUGGGAAACACGGUGGACGAGACGGAGGGUUUGAUCAAACGCCAUGAAGCUUUUGAGAAGCUGCUCAGCUCUCAGGAGGACAAGCUGUCGUCUCUGAAGGAACUCGCCCAGCGACUGAAGAAGCAGCUGAGCAGAGAGAAGAGCAGCCGCGUCCAAACGAAGCUCAAAGCCCUCCUCCAGCGACGUGAGAGGAUCAACGACCUGUCCGUCAAACGCAGGGAGGAGCUGGAGCUCUCCAGGAUGCUGUGCAUCUUCAACCGAGACGUCGCCGAGGCUGAGGAGUGGGUGUCUGAGCGGAUGCAGAAGAUGGCGGAAGACGGUAAAGCCGACUUCAGCAACCUGCAGACCAAGAUGAAGCUCCUCCAGAAACAUCAGGUGUUCGAGGCCGAGAUCCUGGCUCACAGCGAGAUCAUCGGCACUGUGCUGCAGGCUGGAAAGGAGCUGGUCUCCCUUCACCACGCCAGGUCCAAGGAGGUGAGGAGGAGCGCAGCCAUGCUGGAGCUCCACUGGGAGGAGCUGAAGAAGGCGGUGGCCACCCGAGGGAAAGCUCUGGAAGAUAACAGAGACUUCCUGGAGUUCCUACAGAAGGUCGAAGAGGUGGAGGCCUGGAUCCGACACAAGGAGGUGAUGAUCAACGUGGGAGAUGUCGGGAAGGACUAUGAACACGGAGUUCAGCUGCUGAAGAAACUCAGCGAGUUCAGAGGGACUGGAGAUGGGGAAGUGACGGUGGACGACGCUCACAUCACAGCCAUCAACAGACUGGCAGCCAGACUGGAGAAGAGACAGAGCGCCGACGAACUGCUGACUGUCAGACAGAGGAGACAGCAGCUCAACGACAGGUGGAGUAAGUUUCACGGAGAUCUCAGCAAUUACAAGAAGAAGCUGGAGGGGGCGCUGGUGGUCCACGCCCUCAUCAGAGAGCUGGAGGAGGUCCGAGACAGAGCCAACGAGAAGAUGCUGCUGCUGCAGGGUCAGGACUGCGGGUUUGACGUGGAGAGCGUAGAGAACCUGAUCCGACGACACGAGGAGACGGAGAGAGAGGCCGGGGUCAUUCAGGAGAGGUCAAAGGCUCUGGAGAAGGAGGUGACUGAUCACCUGAAGGCUCGAUCAGUGAUGAGCGACAAGCUGAAGAACAAACAGAAAGAGGUGCAGAAAGCUCUGAAGACUCUGGACGAGGACGUGAAACUCAGGAAGGAGAAGCUGCAGGAGGCUCAUCAGCUGCAGCUGUUCAAAGCUAACCAGCGCCUCCUGCUGGAGUGGAGUGUCAAACAGAGCGGUGAGAUGGCAGAGAAAGGUCUUCCCAAGACCAGAGCCGAGGCCGACCGGCUCAUCGUGGAGCACCAGGACUGGAAGACGGAGAUCGAUGCUCGCGCCGAGCGCAUCGACUCUGUUCACGACUUCGGUCUGGGUCUGAUCCGGUCUGGUCACAGCUCGAAGGCAGAGAUCCAGAAGUGUCUGAACCAGCUGGAGGAGGCUAAAUCUGGUCUGGACCGAGCCUGGCUGAACCGCGACACGACGCUGGAGCAGGCUCGCACGCUGCAGGUCUUCCUGGUCUCUGUAGAGCAGUGUGAGAGUUGGCUCAGCAACAAGGAGGCCUUCCUGGCCAAUCAGGACCUCGGGAGCUCCGUGACGGAGGUGGAGACUCUGCAGAGGAAGCAGACUCAGUUUGAGGAGGCUCUGGAGGCUCAGGUGGACCAGCUGGAGCAGGUGGAGAAACUGGCCCAGAAGAUGAUCCAACAGAAGCACUACGACGCCGACAACAUCAGAGCCAAGAGCAGAGCGCUCGCUACCAGGCGGAGUCAGCUGCAGCAGCAGAGCAGGUCUCGUCACAAAGCUCUGGAUCAAUCCCUGCAGCUGCAGCAGUUCCUGUCCAGCAGCUACCAGGUGUGUGUGUGGCUGAACGAGCGUAACGCGGUGGCGCUGGAUGAGAGCUGGAGGGAACCAACCAACCUUCAGGCCAAACUGCUGAAACAUCAGAGCUUUGAGGCCGAAAUCCUCGCCAACCGAUACAGAGUGGACACACUCAGCAAGGAAGGAGAGAAGCUGCUGUCUGACUGUCGCUCGGCUGAAACGAAGGUUCGACCUCGACUCAGAGAGCUGACGGACAGCUGGGACGCUCUGAUCCACAACUGUAAGGAGAAGAAGACCAGACUGCAGGAGGCCUACCAGGCGCUACAGUUCCAGCGUUCAUUGGACGACAUGGAGCAGUGGGUGGGGUCAGUGGAGAGGGAGCUGGCCAAUGAGGACUGUGGAAGCGACCUGCCGUCCGUCAACAGGCUGCUGAAGACUCUGCAGGGUCUGGAGGAGGAGGUGGACGGACACCGAGACAGAAUCCAGGGUCUGGUGGACACGGCGAAGAGUUUCCACUCGCAGGGGAACUUCCUGGCUGAGGAGAUCCAAACCAGAGUGGCACACACCAUCAACAGGUACAACAGUCUGUCGGAGCCCCUGCAGAGUCGCAGGGAGACCCUGGAGGCCUGGCAGGUGCUGUUCCAGUUCUACAGAGACCUGGAGGAGGAGGUGGCCUGGCUGAGCGACAGACUGCCCUCCAUCACCGCUAAAGACUUGGGGAGCUCCCUGAACAACACUCAGCAGCUGCUGCACAAACACCAGGCUGUGAUGCAGGAGAUCUCAAGCCGCGCCCCAUUGGUCCAAGCCGUUCAGGAGGCGGGGCAUAGCCUGGUCAGAGGUCGUCACUUUGCGUCUCAUGACAUCCGGGAGCGUCUGGACGAGCUGAAGAGUCUCCACGAGGAGCUGAUGAUGGAGGCGGAGAAGAAGGGAAAGCUCCUGCAGGAGGCGCUCAGCAUCCACACCUUCCUCACAGAGGUGUCGGAGCUGGAGCUGUGGUUGGAGGAGCAGCAGGCGGGGUUGGAGUCUCGGGACUGUGGGAGGAGCGAGGAGGCGACGGAGGCUCUGCUGAGGAAGCUGGACUCUGUGGACGUGGAGCUGGAGAACCAGAGGAGGACGGUGGAGAGGCUGCAGGAGAGCGGAGCAUCACUGCAGCACCUCAGACAUCCCAACAGCCACCUGGUCAGUCAGUCCCUCCCGGCUGUCUUCGAACACUUCGAGACUCUCCUCAGACUUUCUACCUCGCGUCGCGCCGCUCUGGAAGACCAGCUCCGCCUCUACGUGUUUGAGAGGGAGGCCAAAGAACUACAAACAUGGCUGACCUCCAAGAAGAGUGUGGCAGAGUCCGAGGACAGCGGACAGGACCUGGAGGAUGUCGAGGUUCUUCAGAAGAAGCUGGAGGUCCUGGUGUCGGAGGUGUCCGGUCUGGGUCGCAGCCGGCUGACCUCGGUGCAGCAGCUGGGCCGAGGGCUGCAGCAGAACAGCCAGGCCCGGAGGAGGGACGACGCACUGAGCACGCUGUGGGACGACCUGAACAGCACCAUCAGGACCAGAGAGCAGAAUCUGCAGCUGGCGAGGGAGAUUCAUCAGUUUCAUCACGAUGUGGACGAGCUGAAGGGCUGGAUGGCUGAGAAGGAGGCUGUGCUGGACUCAGAGGACCAAGACCACGACCUGCAGUCCGUCCAGACUCUGCUGAGACAACACGAGGCGCUGGAGAGAGACCUGGUGCUGAUCUCCGAGGAGGUGACCAAGACCAGAGAGGAGAGCCGGGCUCUGAGCCGACGGCAGCCUCAGGCCAGACCCGCCGUGACUCAGAGGCUGGAGGAGCUGGAGGCCUGCUGGACCACCAUCCAAGACAAGGCCUCCCAGCGCCGCACCAGACUGACCCAGGCUGAAGAUGUGCAGAAAUACUUAUCCCACUGGACUGAACUCAUGGCCUGGCUGAGGGAGAUGCUGUCCCUGGUGAGAGGGGAGCUGCAGGGCGGAGAGGGAACAGACCUGGAGCAGCUCAUUAAAAAACACGACGAGUACCGAGUCCAGAUCGACAGGCAGCUCAGCAAAUCACAGGCUGUGAAAGACGACGGGAGGCGCCUGCUAGAGGGAGGAAACUUCAUGUCCAAAGAGGUGGAGGAGCGAGUCUGUGAGCUGGAGGAGCUGGAGGUGCGGGUGGUGAAGGUUUGGGAGGAAACCAGGCUGCUGUACGAGGAGGAGCAGGAGAUGUCGCUCCUGCAGAGGGAGCUGGAGCAGGCGGAGCGCUGGCUGAGCUCCUAUGAAAACACUCUGACAGCUGAGGACUACGGGGACUCUGUGUCUGAUGUUAUGGAGCUCCUGAAGAGGCAGGAGGACUUGGAGGCCAUGAUCCAGGCCCAGAGCGACCGCUUCAUCGCACUGCAGAAGAAGAAAACACAGAGAGAGGAGAGACUCGGUCUUUUCGGAAACGAGGACAAAGACCUUCAGGACCGAAGGCCUCCAGCCAGAGUUUCAUCCCUUCGGAGUAAACCGUCCGAUCCAAAGACGCCGCGGAUGUCUUCCUCCAGAGACAUCGUCCGCCGACUCAGCAGCAGGCAGACGGACCGACCAAACAGCCUCCGUGUAGCUACUGAUCUCAACACCCCCGCUAGUCCCCCUCGCAGCCCGUCUGUCCACGCAGAUUCAAGACGCAUCAGUGGCAGCAGGAGAGCUCCGCAAUGGGAGGCGGAGGAAGCAGCUAACAGUCAUCCUGCUAGUCCCCCCUCCAGCCCUGCUGCAGCACCGUGGAGGAGCCGAUCCAGACACUCAAACAUAGAGCCCGACACACCGCAAUCCCCUCCACCCACAGCUCCCAGACUUCCCCGAUCACCUCCACCCUCAGCUCCCAGACUUCCCCGAUCACCUCCACCCACAGCUCCCAGACUUCCCCGAUCUCCUCCACCCACAGCUCCCAGACUUCCCCGAUCUCCUCCACCCACAGCUCCCAGACUUCCCCGAUCACCUCCACCCUCAGCUCCCAGUCUUCCCCGAUCACCUCCACCCACAGCUCCCAGACUUCCCCGAUCACCUCCACCCACAGCUCCCAGUCUUCCCCGAUCUCCUCCACCCACAGCUCCCAGACUUCCCCGAUCUCCUCCACCCACAGCUCCCAGUCUUCCCCGAUCACCUCCACCCUCAGCUCCCAGUCUUCCCCGAUCUCCUCCACCCACAGCUCCCAGACUUCCCCGAUCUCCUCCACCCACAGCUCCCAGACUUCCCCGAUCACCUCCACCCUCAGCUCCCAGACUUCCCCGAUCUCCUCCACCCUCCAUCUCCAUCUCAUCUGAAGAGACUCCAGAGGAAAACGCUCGUCCUAAAGCUAAACCUCCUUUAGCUCCGAAGCCCAGAAUCUCCUCUACAGAGCAGAUGUCUGGACGCCUCUCUGAGCUUCCACACCAACAGGCGGAGCCUCCUACCUCACCCGACUCACCUCCACUCAUCAGACAGCUUGUGGCUCCCACUGAAGCGCCACCUCCACCCGUCCCAGAGAGACAAACUCCCCCUGAAUCUCCAACACCUUCAACAAGGAAACAGCUUCUUGACCUGGAUUCACCGAUCACUGAACAGCCUGAUCUUUCCGAUGCUCCGGCUCCACAUGGUGCUGAUCUGGCUACGCCGCUUGCUGUUGCACCAAUCACAACAGAGCCUACUGAGUCACCUGACCUUCCUCCUCCAAUAAGGGAGCUGCGUCCGUCCCCUCCACAGCGACACAGGAAGUCAGAGGAUCUACCAGAGGAAGAAGCCGGUCUCCCAGACUCCACCCCGGAGGUAAGAGCAGUGCAGCAGAUCAGGAUGGAGGGAACGCUGGAGAUCAAACUGAAACAAGGAGGAAACAAGGGUCUGGAGCACUGGGACGACGUGUUUGCUGUUCUGGAAGGAGACACACUCACUCUGUUUAAAGACAGAGCUGCAGCUGCGGAGAGGGCCUCUAGGUGGCCUCCUAUCAACAUGGUUGGAGCUGUUUGCAGAGAGAACGUCCACUACAGGAGGAAGGAGAACACGUUCAAAGUGAUACUGGAGGACGGCAGUCAGUAUCUGUUUGCAGCGUCCAGCAGAGAGCUGCAGCUGCUUUGGUUGAAGAAGCUCCAGAACUGCAACGAAUCAGCCAGCAGCGACUCUGACGACUCGGGGAGAGCGUCGUCAGUCAACCUGAGUUUGGAGAAGUUAGCCGACGCUGCGGAUGAUUCAGUGUCCGCCGAGCCGUCCGACGGGAGAGCUGAGAGCCUGGAGAGACAAUCGUCCACAGAGAGCCAACCUCCUCCCAAACCCCCCCACACCUACUACAACAGACACCGCUACCCGGAGGGCGGCGAGGCCACGACAGACCAACAGAGUCGCCCAAACCAGCCUCCUUCAGUGCCUCCUCCUCCUCCUCCUCCCCCCCCGGACUCCCAGGACCCCCCCGCUGCCGCCGCGCAGGUAACAGACGACGCCACCAACAAGUCGAGUUGGAACGCCUUCAGGAAGUUUUUCACAAAGAAGUAGAGCUCCAUCGACCAUCGAUCCAUCCGACGCCUGUUGGUACAGUUUGGGACGUUAAUACUGGAAUCUAAGGUUUACUAGUUUCAUCAAUCAUUUACUGAUAAACUGCUUCUGCCUUACAGAACACAACCUGCUUUUAUAUGAGUGUAAUCUGAUUAAAACAUUUAACUGAAGGUCAUUUCAAGAACUUCUUCCAGAGCAGCAGAGAUCUCUCCACUGAAGAAGACUUCAGAGGAAACCAGUUAGUUGUUUUUUUUAAUCAUGUGGUUUGUUAAAGAUGCAUUUAAAAGCUCUUGUUCCUGUUUAAAUGCACUUUGAAUGUAACGUAAUGACUAAGAAUCUGUCAGAAAAAGACGAAGUUUGAAUCACAGAAACAACAACACAGCUAUAGAAGAAGACUGUUUUCAUUUGAACCUUCAUCCUCCUUCACAAAUAAUCUAUUCAAAGCCAACAUGCUAAACAUUAGCUUAACUAAGAAACAUCUUCAGUCUUUAACACCUUUCUGGGGUCAAGUGAACAGAAUUAUCGCUGUAAGUUAAAUUAUUAUUAUAUAUUCAGCUUUUAGUGGUUUUCUGUUAUUUCUAUCUUGUUCUGAUGUCGGAUGAUAAACAUGGUCCAAGUUCAGGUGUUCAAAUGCUGCCUGCAAGUCAAAGGUCAGGGCUUCAACCUGCUCUGAUGCUUCGUAUGACAUCAGCUCAUCACGUGUUCAUUAACGUCUGAUCUGUUAAUCUGUUAAUCUGUACCUUUGAUUGGUUGCUGAUCAGUUAGUGAAUAUCCAAACAAAAUCAAUAAUAGCUGCACAACAACACAAUGUCAGUCAAAACUCACCUGUAUUUAUUUAUUUACACAUCUUCAUCACACGAACCAGCUGUUCAUAUCAUCAAUAACUUUCAUCACUGCAUCAUAAAAACCAAGUGAAGCCUUCGUUGGACGUCUGCUCGUUAAACGACUGUUAAUCGUCUGUUUAUAUGACUUUUAAUGAGAAUCUGCUGUAAAACAGUCUGAAGUGACUUCGUUUGAAUAAACAUGAUCUCCACCUUUUUGAAAAGUCACACAAAGUGAUCGACAGCAGAUCAAUUAAAACACGUUUGUCACAUUUUAGGAGGCAGAGCCGAAGAGACGCAGCUCCGUAUCAUAGGGUAAUGAUUUAUUAUUCAGAGUUUAUUUAUUAACGAGCAACAAAUCCAAACAUCUCCAGUCGAUCCUCUCUCUGCCAUUCAAUCAGAUCAAUCAGCCAAUCAUUAAAAAUAAUGAGUCCGAUUAAGACAUUUGAGAGAAAUCAGGAGUUGAAACACUUCAGUUCAGUUUUGGGAAAUUAAAGUCAAUUGAAGUGAAUUUAAGAGAUUCAUUCACACAAACUGUCUCCAGUUUAUGAAUCAUAAACAUGUGAUGUAACUUCAUCAUUGAUCUGUUUCUGCACUUUAACAGAAACUUAUUUAUAUUCAAGGUGGGAAAAUUAACACUUUUGAUGUGUUUGUAUUCAUCAAUAAUCUCAUUUAUUUUAUCGAUUUACUGUUAGAUUUAUAUGUUGUGUUCAUACGCAGCAGAUUGUGGAAUAUACAGUUCAAAAGUCAAGUUAAUAAACUGCACCGAAUGUUUAAUCAAAUGUUUUCAUUUUCCUGUCA